CUUCUGAAACUGGGGAAUGGUCAGAACCAGCAUUUGCCUGAUGAUGAAAUUGUUCCAUUUCAUCUCAAGGGGACGAUGGUUGAGUUCCCGUCUAUUCCUGCUCUCAAACGAGAAACCUUCGCCGUCAAUAACAUAUACAACGAAUCCCACUUCCUACACAUGUCCUUACGUGAUCCAAAACGUUGUCUUCCCAGACUCUUUCUAGAACGUCGUCUCUACAAUUCAUCCAAUAUUGGUCCUUUGGAGUAUGAUAAUUUUAAUGUGACCGAAAAUGUUACUUUCUUCAAUUGUUCUUCAAUUGGUUCGAGACGCCUCAGAAACAUAAAUAUGGAACAAGAUAUGAUUGUCUGCCCCAUUUUUGCUGCUUCCUCCGAAGAUAGUGUCCUGGAGUGGGACCUAGCUUCUUGCACUAUGAUGUUUCAGCUAGCUUCGCCAAUACGAGCAGAUCAGCUUCGGGCGAACUACUUGCCACUCAGGUUGCCUCAGACAAAAUCUGACAUUGAAAAGCACAAAACUAGCAUGAUUCUUAUAAUUGUUUUACCAGGGUCAUUUGUACUGGUGGUGUUGUUCAUUGUAAGCCUUUACAUAUAUCGCCACUUCAAGAAGAGGGGGGAAGAUCAAGUAAGAUUGGAAAAGUUUUUGGAAGAUUACAAGGCAAUGAAGCCUACUAGAUUCUCUUAUGCUGAUCUCAAAAGAAUUACAAACCAUUUCAAGGGUAAAGUAGGUGAAGGAGCUCAUGGAACUGUCUUUAAAGGUAAGCUAUCUUCUGAAAUUCAAGUGGCUGUAAAAGUACUUAAUAAUGCAGAAAACGAUGGACAAGACUUCAUUAAUGAAAUUGGGACUAUGGGCAAAAUCCAUCACAUCAAUAUUGUUCGUUUGCUAGGCUUUUGUGCUUAUGGUUUUCACCGUGCUCUUGUAUAUGAGUUUUUCCCUAACGGUUCACUUCAGAAGUUCAUAUCUUCCCCUGACGACAAAGAAAAUUUCAUUGGAUGGCUAAAGUUACAACAACUAGCCCUUGGCAUAGCAAGAGGGAUUGAGUACCUUCACCAAGGUUGUGAUUAUCGAAUUCUUCACUUUGACAUCAAUCCUCAUAAUGUGUUAUUAGAUCAUAAUUUCAUUCCUAAAAUUUCUGAUUUUGGUUUAGCCAAAUUAUGUUCUAAAAAUCAAAGUACAGUGUCAAUGACGGCAGCUAGAGGAACUUUAGGUUAUAUUGCACCUGAAGUUUACUCUCGAAACUUUGGGAAUGUAUCAUAUAAAUCAGACGUUUAUAGUUAUGGAAUGUUACUGCUAGAGAUGGUUGGAGGAAGAAAAAAUGUUGACACAAAUCAAGACACUUUUCAAGUUCUGUACCCAGAAUGGAUUCAUAAUUUGAUUGAAGGAGGAGAUAUAAAUAUCUAUUUGGAGGAAGAUGAUGAUAUUAGAAUUGCAAAGAAACUAGCAAUUGUAGGGCUUUGGUGUAUUCAGUGGCAUCCAAUAAACCGGCCAUCCAUGAAAAUGGUGAUACAGAUGUUAGAAGGAGAAGUAGAUAAAUUAAAGGUGCCUCCUACUCCAUUUGACACUGCUACUUCAAUCAUUACAAGAACCAUUAUUCCUGCAAGACAUCUGAAAUCUGAGUUGGAAGCGAUUCAUGAAUUAGAAUGAACACAUCACUUGCUGGUUUGCCAAACGCAUGCUAUUGCUGAGAUCUUACUAGCAACUAGUAAUUAGUUGUACCUUCUCUGUUCUUGAACCCGUGCGUCGUAUUUUGAUAGGAUUUGUAUUAAUUUCGCCAAACUCAUGCCUCCAUUGACAACAUUUGUAAGGUUCUCUUUCUUGGCCAGCAAUUUUUGAGAUCUGUAAUGCUA